AUGAUUCGAAAUUGUAAAAGCGAUUAUAUGGGUGCUGGGUGCGUGCACUGUUCUAUGUAUGUAGGUUUGUUGAAUAUACAAAACCAUCACCCUGCCAAUACCAUUGUGGUCAUAUUUGUCAACAAAUCCACCUUUCAGGUACCAUUCUGGGAUGCCUACAUCAUAGCGCUUCAUCGGAAGAUCAAAAAUGAUCCUGUAGUUUUCCCCGAGACUCCACAUCUCAGUGACCCUCUGAAAGAUGUUAUCUUGGGGCUGUUGAAGAAGGAUCCUGGCCUUCGAUUACUCCUGCAGGAAGUCAAGGUGCACGCGUGGGUAACGCGUCGCGGCACGUGUCCGAUGCCGUCGGAAGAGGAGAACUGUCACUUGGUAACAGUGACGGAGGAAGAGAUCGAGAACUGUGUACGGGUUAUUCCACGACUCGAUACGCUCAUACUUGUCAAAGCGAUGGGUCAUCGGAAACGCUUUGGGAACCCGUUCAGGAACACCGGGAAUUCGUCGUUACGCGAUCGACGGAAGUCGAGCUCGGUAAAGGACCCUACGUACUGCCCACCGUCGUCCAUCACGAAUGGAGAGAGCAGGCGUGACGUCAAUGGCCUAAGUGAACCUAUGUCGAAGUUGCACCUCUCUCCGGACAGCUAUCCACCGAAAGCCGCAUCAGCACGUCAUUAG